GUCAUCAGCGGGUCUGUCCAUUGUUGGGGGAACAGAAAGCGAGUUGAGGUUGAUAUACGGGGGCCGAAGACCAGUUGCGCAUAUCAUCAGCAGACCAGCUGCAGUGAAGGCAGCAGCAGUAGCCUACAAGUCCUGAACGCAUCCUUCCAGACAUGGGUUGCUAUGACUGCUGUAUGCGCUGUUUGGGUGGGGUGCCAUACUGCUCCCUGGUCGCCACACUGCUGUGUUUCUCUGGCAUCGCCCUCUUCUGCGGUUGUGGGCACCAGGCACUCACAGAGACAGAAAGACUCAUCGAGAAUUACUUUGCCCGUAACCUUCAGGACUACAUCACCCUGGCCUACAUCAUUCAGUAUUUCCAGUAUGUCAUCUACGGUUUGGCCUCCUUUUUCUUCCUCUACUGCAUCGUGCUGUUGGCUGAGGGCUUCUACACCACAAGCGCUGCCAAGCAAACCUUUGGAGAGUUCAGGAGCACCAUGUGUGGCCGCUGCCUCAGCUCCUCGUUUAUAGUGAUGACAUACGUACUAGCUGUGCUGUGGCUGUUGGUGUUUGCCUUCUCGGCCCUGCCUGUUUACUUCUUCUACAACAUGGAUGCAACUUGCCACACCAUCGAUGUUCUGACUGAGACCCCAGCAAGCAUCAACCAGCUCUGUGUCGACGCAAGGCAAUAUGGGCUCCUACCAUGGAAUGCAGUGCCAGGAAAAGCUUGUGGUGUGACUCUGUCCACUGUUUGCAAGACCAGAGAGUACCGAAUGACCUAUGACCUCUACAUUGCUGCCUUCGCCGGUGCGGGCAUCACUCUCUUGGCUCUGAUGUUGUGGAUUUUUCCUCUUUUUGCUUCUGUUCUGACGCUUCCUGUCUCUGCUUAUCCUUCCACAGCUGACCUAUACUGUGUCCACCACUUAUAACUUUGCGGUUCUUCGGUAUCUGGGGAGAAAGGGCAUGGGUGCACGGUGUUAGGCUCACCAGCUUCCUGUCUGCUAAAUCACUACUUCACCACCAACACGGGGAUCUAAAAGGGAUGGCAACAAUUCUCUCCUUCCACAUCAUCUGCACAAAACCAGCUGUGGUCACGGACUCUUAAAAUGUUGUCUUUUAUAUUUUUAUUUUUCAUGUUGAGAAGAAUGUUAUUUUUAGUCUUUCAUUUUCUUUUUUUGUGUGUGAGGAUUGUCUACUGCUUUCACAUGCAGUCUUAUAUCACUAUUUCCAAGGCCAUGCCACCAAAAAUUUGUAAACGAUUGCUUUUUUUUUUCAUGCCAAGUUUAGUGCGCUCAAAAUCCAGAUAACACAUCACUAAUGAAUUAACAUAUGUAAGGAAUAACCACCAAUUUGCAACACAUGUGCUGCUAGAAUGCAGCUGUUGCAGAGAAUAGGGAUUAUACGUUACCAUGGCUACCAUCCUUCACAUCUGGUUGCCAUGGUGGCAGACAGGCACGCAUUUGCAGUCUCACGCUGACCUCAGGACUUUUCUCACGGGCUGGAGAAAAGCCUCAACAAUGGAGUCAUGCCUGUUUUAGAAGCUAGCCAAUAAGGAGCCAGUUGUGGGGGCCACCUGCGCUCCGAGUCUCUGCCAAGGGUUAUAUUACAUGUCAAGGGAGAGGGUCCUUGGGACAAAAGGAGGGUUAGACCUCUCCGAAGCCUCAAUGCAGCUCUUCACACACACAACCCCAUCCACAUGCUGCUGCGUGACCCCCACCUCCCUCCGAAUAAUUGAAGUGAUGGACUCAGAGUGAAGGAAUUUUAGAUGAUUUUGAAUAGUUUCUUUCUGAUAAAGGGACAUACUUGUUUAGUUCUGAUCUAGAAAGGUCUGAAAUUGUUUCUCAUAAUUUUGAGAUGGCAAAAGCACUAGGUGCUAACUUAUCGAGUGACCUCAUUAUUAUUAUUAUUAUUAGACCUAAAACACAUUGUUGAGGUGUGACUCCCCUGCUGCUGUUAAUGCAUGACUGAGGUACUUGUACAUACAGAGAUAGGACAGCUUUGUUUUGUCUCUAAUUCUUUAGGGAUUUUGUUGUAGUUAUUGUAUAACACGUAUUUUUACUUACUGUAGAUGUUUUUUACUACUACUUUUACACUUUGGGUAUUACUAACAAAACCGUGUGCAGCAUAAUGCGUAGAUUAUUCCAUUUGGUGUAAGCUUUACCCAGCUGUGAGUGGUGGAUUUGUCAAAUGGCAGCUGGCUGUUUGAUGAUUAUUUUUUUUGUUGGUAAAAAUUUGAUAAUAAAAAGAAUAUUCUUUGAAGUAUU